CGCCGCCUUUCCAUUAUCUCCCGCUGUCGACCGGCACGAGAAGGCUGUCUGCGGUGACGGAUCCCCAACUGUUUCUUUCUGCAUCGGCAUCUAUAUGAUGUAGAGAUGCUUCCAUAAUGCCCUCGAUGCAUAGCGGAUGUCCUGGCUAUCGGGCUACUCCCAUUCAACUUCCCCGUCGCGCUGUCAGGUGAGAAGACUGCGUUGUGCGUUGAACUUGUGACCCUCCCAACAACCGGUCUCUCUCAAAGGGGACGCUGACAGUGUGCACUUGCCCAAAUGCCUCACGCGUCGUCAACAGCUUGAGAAGGGCAUUUCUGCCGUGCGCCGAGGAAUUCCGUCGUUUGUCACCUUGACCCGCGUCCCAGAUUUGCAUUCAGAUUCACAAACGACAAGAUGUCGAACCUCGAGUCUCCUCCGUCCAAGAAGAGCGGCCUCCGCAAACUUCACAUGCGACACACAAACCUCAAUCGCCUACCUUCAUCCCAUAUCCCCUCUCGCCUGCGGCUAGGCGACGAUGCCCAAGAAGACGUGACCGCCCCCAACCGAGGCUCAAACACGCCCGCCCAAUACAUGAAUCAAUCCAUCUUUUCCAUGAUUGCGGCCGCCGGGUCGCGAACCGACUUUAACACGAGAUUCGACGAGUCCAGCGAUAGUGAAGAUGAGAUCCCCGGGGAACAAGAACAGACGGCCACAGACAAUGCAUCACUCCCGGUUGCUUCAGAGACGGGGUCCAGGGAGGCACAAUCUACGGCAACAAAGGGCGAGAAAAACGCUGGUGAGAAGAAGGGUAAGCGGCUUUCAAGUCAGCGGCUGGUUCAGUCGUUGCCGCGUCUCUCGGUGAGAUCGAUGCGCAAGAAAGAGGGCACGCCCCGACAAGAUCCAAGUCCUGAGAGUGACGUGACCUCGGAGUCUUCGAGGAGCAAUCCACGAGAUGCACCUGUUCUGAGUCGGUUGAUCACUGCAGAGGCCCAGUUUCAGGAGAGCGCAGAAGGUCAAGACCCGAUGGUAGAAUCCCCUACAGCCUUGAGGUCAAGAAGCAGAGGCGAGUCGACGCCGCAGACGCUCCUGGCGACGCGGUUGAUGGAGAUCUUUGGAUUUGAAGUGCCCGAACCCGUGGUCGCGGAAUAUCCGUGUUGGCUGUUGCAAAGCGUGCUCCUGCAAGGCUAUCUGUACAUCACCAAGCAACACAUUUGCUUCUAUGCAUAUCUGCCCAAGAAAUCACACACUGUCGCCAAAACCGGAUACCUCUCAAAAAAGGGCAGAUCGACUUCCAAAUACAAAAGAUACUGGUUUUCCCUCAAGGGGGAUGUCUUGUCCUACUACUCCGAUGCCUCCAACCUCUAUUUCCCAUCCGGAAAUAUCGACCUCAGGUACGGUAUAUCUGCAAAUCUCUCCAACGACAAGGACAAAGGGAAGUCCAAGGACUGCAAAGAUUUCUCUGUCACGACCGACCAUCGCACAUACCACUUUCGAGCAGACACUGCUUCGAGCGCCAAGGAAUGGGUACAGACUCUGCAGAAAACGAUCUUCCGCUCCCACAACGACGGAGACAGCGUGAAGAUUUCUUUACCAAUUGAAAAUAUCAUUGACUUUGAGGAGAGUCCGGUGGUCGAAUUCGCUGAGACGGUCAAAAUUAGAGUGAUCGAAAGUGAAGAUUCGUAUGCCAUUGACGAAUAUUUCUUCUCCUUUUUCAGCUUUGGUCAAGAUGCACUCAACGUGCUCGGAAGCCUACUCACGGAAGCUCCCGCCAGGAGGGCGUCGGAAGACGUACUGUCGCCAACAAGAAAGGUCGAGCCAUUCUCCAGUCCUAGAACUAGGCCAACACCUCACCGACAUUCUUCGGACGUUGUAGCAGGGAGUCCGAGGGCUCAGUCGAGUCCGCCUCUCAAGGACAGUGUUAGAGCCACCCUGCUACCGUUUUCCGUUGGCAACGAUGGCAGAAUGUCUCCGAGAAUAAGCGGAGAGUUCCCUCGUGGCCAUAGUCCUUCACGUUCUAGCAACGAGUUUACGGGGGAAUACGGUCGAGCUAGUUUUGAGCGAGGGCGAAGAAGCGGAAGUACGAGCCGUCUUGAGGUGAACAAGUCAAAACGAACAACCCGGUCACCUCUCGCGAGGCACCACGACUCUGAAGAUUCAUAUGUUCAGUCUAUCGACAAGGAAACAGAUUCGUCUACCGCGCCUCUAUCGCCGCGGGCAGAAGCACAAAUGUCAGCAAGUCAAAUCUUGACCAGGAGCGACGUUUUUCACCAGCCGGCGAUUCAUCGAAUGGAGACAUUGGCAUCCAUGUCUACGGAACCCACAAGGAAAUCAUCGGACGGGGGGACAAUCUUGUCAAGCUCCCCACAACGAGGAGACACAUUUCCCAUCCCUAUCCGAGGCGCACAUGAGCCGCAAACGGACCGACUAGCGACAACGCAGAAUGAAUUCCUCUCAUCGGAACUGGAACCAGGCAAAACUUAUGUGAGGAACAGUUCCUCGCCGACACUGCAGGAUCUGGUCAAAGCCGGAUCUUACCCUCUGCAACGAGCUGGAGCUUUUGCUGACUACCUCAAAAGCCGGUCCAGCUCGAUGAGAAAGCUUCUAGCCACUGAAUCCAUGUCCUAUCUGGAAAAGGUAUCAGGCAUGUGGGCUGGAAGUAGGAAGCAUUAUGGAGAAAACGAGGGCGUCGUGCCCGACGACAGAGGCGUUGAUCCGGAAGAUGAGGAAGCCAACGUCGGCCACGGCGAUCGCUUUCGCGCACAUUUCGCAUUACCUGCUACGGAGAAAUUACAAGCCACCUACUUUGGCUUUCUGCAUCGGGUCCUCCCGUUGUAUGGCAAGAUAUACAUCAGCAAUCGAAAAUUCUGCUUUCGAAGUCUCCUACCGGGGACGCGGACCAAGCUGGUGUUGCCGUUGAAAGACAUUGAGAAUGUGGACAAAGAGAAAGGAUUCCGGUUUGGCUAUCACGGCCUUGUCUUGGUGAUCCGCGGACACGAGGAAUUGUUCUUCGAGUUCAGCUCGGCCGAACAUCGCGACGAUUGCACGGUGACGCUGCUGCACAGCUUAGAAACAGCUCGCUACAUGGCCGAGUCCGGCGUCCUUGCCAAAGCGGACGAGGAUGACGCAGAAAUUGCCAAAGAAGAACACCGCAAGCUCCAAGAAGCCCGCCGCACCUCGACGGCGGGCGAUCAUGCUCUGGUCCUGCCCGACACCGCCGAGACAAUUUACAGUCACAAGGAUGAAGAACCAUCAGGGCCGGUGCUGUUCGAUGAUCCUCGCGCUUCAAUCAUCAACCUCUCCAAACCUAGUGCUUCACUACGCAUUACGUGUCUCACAAUCGGUUCAAGAGGUGAUGUGCAGCCUUACAUCGCCUUGUGCAAGGGUCUGCUAGCAGAGGGCCACCGCCCGCGGAUUGCGACACACGCUGAAUUCGGCCCCUGGGUCCAGAAGCACGGGAUAGAUUUCAGACCUGUGGAUGGUGACCCGGCCGAGUUGAUGCGCAUCUGUGUCGAGAACGGCAUGUUCACAUACUCGUUUCUACGGGAAGCCUCGGCGAAGUUCCGCACCUGGAUCGAUGAACUUCUCACCUCAGCCUGGGCUGCAUGUCAAGAGUCGGACCUCCUGAUCGAAUCCCCCUCGGCCAUGGCAGGCAUCCACAUCGCCGAAGCUCUAGGCAUCCCUUACUUUCGCGCCUUCACCAUGCCGUGGACCCGCACGCGUGCAUACCCGCACGCCUUUGCCGUUCCCGAGCACAAAAUCGGGGGAGCGUACAACUACUACUCGUACGUCAUGUUUGACAAUGUCUUCUGGAAGGCCAUUGCGGGGCAAGUCAAUCGGUGGCGCAAGAAAGAGUUGGGCUUGAGGAGCACCAAUCUGGACAAGAUGCAGCCCAACAAGGUGCCCUUCUUGUACAAUUUCAGCCCGCAUGUGGUGGCCCCGCCGCUGGAUUACAGCGACUGGGUCAGAGUGACGGGGUAUUGGUUCCUUGACGAAGCCUCGGACUGGACCCCUCCUACCGACCUGACGGAUUUCAUCAAGAAGGCUCGAGACGACAAGAAGAAACUCGUAUACAUUGGCUUCGGCAGCAUCGUGGUCUCGGACCCCGCAGCCCUCACCAAGACGGUCGUAGACUCGGUCCUCAAGGCUGACGUGCGCUGCAUCCUUUCCAAGGGCUGGUCCGACCGCCUCGGCGACCCGCAGGCUGUCAAGGCAGAAGUCCCCUUACCCCCAGACAUCUUCCAGAUCAAGUCGGCGCCGCACGACUGGCUGUUCCGCCAGAUUGACGCGGCGUGCCAUCACGGCGGCGCGGGGACCACUGGCGCCAGUCUCCGAGCGGGACUCCCGACGGUCGUCAAACCCUUCUUCGGCGACCAGUUCUUUUUCGGGUCGAGAGUAGAAGAUCUUGGCGUGGGCAUUUGCUUGAAGAAAGUCAACGUGAGUCUAUUCUCGAGGGCGCUUUGGGAGGCGACGCACAGCGAGCGGAUGAUAGUCAAGGCGAGGUUGUUGGGGGAGCAAAUCCGCAAGGAGAACGGCGUACAAACCGCGAUCCAAGCAAUCUACCGCGACCUCGAGUAUGCCAGGUCACUAGUCCGAGCCCGGGCCGCGAUCCAACAACAGGGCGCUGCCGCCGCGGCUGGAGGAGCAGCUGGGCUGACCGCGAUCGAUCUCCUCGACGAGGGCGACGACAUUGAAGAGUCCUGGACAUUUAUCGGAGACGAAAGCGAUCCGGACAUCCAGCGGCGGAUGCAAGAGUGGGACACUACGGCGACAGGCCCUACUCCUGUGCGCGGGAGGGCGCCUCGGGUGAGCCUGGAUCGAGCGAGGCUGGCGGCCAUGCAGGGCGUCGAACCGGUCAGAAAGGCGAGUAUCAAGAGAUGAUCAAGAGAUGAUCAAUAAUACGACGACGACGUCUUCCUGUUGGACAUGCACGGGCCGAGAACAUCAUGCGAAACACGUACGAUGCUGAAGCAGGGUAGGACGAGGUAGAAAACCAGGGCCCAGGAAAAUGAUCAGAGCGCGACUUGGGAGCAAUCGGAUUGUGACGGGAAACAGGGAAUCAAUCAUGGGUGAUGUCGAUGGGUUGCACAGCGUGGGCGUUCCGGGGGGUUUUAUGGGUGAAUUGUGCUUGUGCUUGUCGCAAAGACCACGCAGAUGUGUUAGAGCCUGUUUGUUUGUUUUUUAAGCUCUCUUCUUCUUGGAGGAGAAGAAGAGUUUAGAGUCCGUUUCGCCCCAUGAUUCGGAACCGACAUGGCGUUCGCCGGGUGUUAAGGGCAAAGGGGACCUAUCAUCGACUUUGCGGAAGUGUUCAUGCAAACAGGGAGCAGCGACCCUGGAGUACGAUUGUUGUUUGGUUCGAACCUUUGACGACGUCACGAGUGUCAGAUAGAUCUAACGGAAGAGACAGACUAGGGGCUUUAGACAUGAGAUCCGGUAAUCCGGGUUUUUUG